CAUACGCGGAACACGAACAGUUAUAAAGUUCAGUGGCUGUUUUGAACAUAGUUUUCAGUUUCACUGAAAUUAUUUGCGUGAUUAUAAAAGUCGAAAUGACGAACAAGAGCACUGUCCCCUCUCAGGUCGUCUGGAGAGUUUGUAAUUUAUUCAUGUCUCUGUUUUUCGCUUUGGCAUCUUACGUGCAGAUAAAUGAUCCAGACGCUGUUUUGUGGAUGAUUGCGUAUGCUGUUCCAGCUGGAUUGUGUUUUUCGAUUUGCUGUCGGCAACAAAUAACAGAGACAUUAUUGUGGAGGAGAAUUGCUGAUCUUCAUGUGCUCGUAGCCUCGACAUUUGUGUUCAUACUGGGCUGGAAUCUUUAUAAAGAGAAGAUUACAAACAUCUUCCAGCAGGAGGAAGGAAGGGAGUUCUCUGGACUUCUGCUUACUGUUUUCUGGUUGCUGCUGUGUAGACACUCAGGAAGGGGUGCUGUUGGCUCUUUCAGGCUGUGGACAGCUGUGGGAAUCACUGUAUUUCCAUUCAUCACAUGGAUUUAUUACUACAUCAACACCGAGCAGAGAUCACACUGGCCUGAACACUGUACAACUGCUAUUUAAACACAAACAAAUCACAUUUAAUAUAUACAAUAUAAAUAAAAACACCUGAACACUAUAUUAGCACACGCAUUUCUCGCUGUCAUGAACUAAUAGAUUCAGAUUCAAUUGAGACUCUGCUGUCAGGUCAUCUGUUAAUGUCAAGCAAUGAAAACAAUGUUUUUGUGCUCUCAUCCACAGCCUCUUUAUUCACAUCAAUCACACGUUGAAGGUUCAUAGAUUCGUCAAGGAACAAUUAAAUGUAGGGUGGUUGGUCACUGUAGCUGUCAGAGAACAGAAGACAAUAAGGGUGUUUACCUGUACACAACAGCAGGUAUUAAUGGGCACUUCCAUUCACAUGUCAAUCUUGCCAUCAAAAAGAACAUUUUCAUCAUUUUAUAAAGGGUUUUCUACACACUCAUAUAAUGUACUGAUAUAAAUAACUAUUUGAGGUCUCUCUUCAUUUUUUUAAGCGUUUUCUUUCUUUUUAAAGCAUGAGUUUUCAAAGUCAAGUAAGUGGCACUUUUAGAAUGGUUACAUCAAUAGCAGUCCAUGUACUUCAUGAAUGGGCUCAUGACGUUCUAAUUAUAGUAACUCAUGGUCUAUGAGGAGACACCUCUUGACCAUUUGUUGGAUAUUAUUGCUUCUGAUUUGAGCAUCUUAGUAUCCUCUCUCAAAAACAGGUUUCCUUUUUUUUAAAUAGAAAGCCUGUGUAAAGAGUGAUAUUAUUCUGAUGUCUGGACCCUGUCUGCAGGAGUUUAGUAAAAAGAUAGAUGAUAUAUUGUUAAUAAAUUCUGUGAGAAUUUUAAAAAUGUCAACCCAAAAUACUUGAACUGCCCUAGAA